AUGUCUGUCGGCCCUGCGACCAGUCGUCAUGCCGCCGAUGAAGAGGCUCGUGCCGAGGUCGAUGUGCUCAACUCUCGACUCGAGAAGACCUCUCAAUUGACCAAGAAGAUACAAGCAUGCAUGGGAAGGCUAGAAUCUACCGGCAAAAGCGUCUUAGGCAAUAAUAUCGAUGCUGUCCUCGCUGCCAUUGAGCGCCUUCGCCAACCUGCCGAUAGCAAGAACGAUGAAGAGCAGAUCAUUCGCGCCGGUCCCGACAAGGCUGGCCUUUCCAACUUCCUCGCCUCGAUCAAGCGCCUAUCCAAGGCUCUCGCCGACAUGCAGGCGUCCAACUUGCGAGCGAACCAACAGACAAUGGCGGAGCUGGUCCGCUUGAUCAAGUCAGGCAACUCACAACUUGAGGGUCACUUCGAUAAGUUACUUCGAGGAGAUACCCCCCGCUCGGUAGAGCCGCUCCAUUACAUCACGAAGGACAUGCCGUUCCCGGUUCUGUCUCAGGACAAGGUCACGCGCCUCGGCUUGGUCAAUUCGUAUAUAUCGAGCACCCAUCGUCAGAAUGGUGGUGGUGCUGCUCCUCAAGACUCGUCAACGGCCAAGAUCUAUGCCGAAAUACGCGGGCCUUAUCUUUCGUCUACGUUGGCCAACCUGGCCGCCGCCAGCGUCAACACGACGAAGAAGAAGAACCCUGACGCCAUUUACCGCGCCGGAACCAACGGCAUCGGCACGUAUGCGCAGGCCAUGGAAGGUCUGUUUCUGGCUGAAUACGACAACAUCUGCAGUAUCUUCACACGGGAGGACUGGGGCCCCCUUUUCCAGGCCACGUGCCAGGCCGCCAUGGCGGAGCUUGCCCGCACCUUGCGAGAGCUGAAUAGUCAUAUCAAGGGUCACCUAAACACAGAUUGCUACCUCGCUUAUGAGAUCACCGAGAUUAUGUCGGGCUUGUCGAGCAACUUGGAAACACGUACUGGCGAGCUCAAGUCAUCGCUUGCUGCAGCGCUCCGGCCUGUGCGAGAGACGGCCAAGCUGUCGCUGGGAGAGUUACUAGAUGACACAAGACGAAGGAUCGCUGCCAUGCAGACACUUCCCCAAGACGGUGCACCCAUACCAAUCGUGUCCGAGACGAUGCAACGUCUGCAGACCAUGGUCGAAUUCUUGCGGCCAAUCUCGAGCAUCAUGUUUUCCUUGGGUGAUGGGGGCUGGAAAUCCAACGCCGCUACCGACGGACGGUCCACUGACGCAAUUCCCAGUCUCUCCUCAUUUGACAUCGGCGCUGACGGCAAGGAAAUCUUCUCACAUUAUUGCUCAGACACGGUUGAUAUGCUCAUGACAUCACUUGACCAAAAGGCGAAGAUGGUUCUCAAGGGUGGUAGGGCUGUGAUUGGUGUAUUUCUGGCCAAUAGCGUUGUCAUUGUUGAACGAAUGAUCCGCGAUUCGGACCUCGCGCCUCUUCUCGAGGGUCGAAUGGGCAUGCUGGACCAAUGGCGCAAGAAGGCGACGGGCAUGUACACAAUGGACUGCAAAGAGGUGUCGACACACUUAUUUGAUGUCAUCCACACAAGCAAGCAACGGCCCACGUCGGGCCAGGCCGACUCAGCUUCCAUCCUCAAGGGUCUGAGCAGCAGGGAUAAGGACAAUAUCAAGGGCAAGUUCCAGGCGUUCAAUACCUCUUUUGAUGAGAUGGUCAGCCGACACAAGACGUACAACAUGGAACGGGAGGUGCGACAGAUGUUCGCUCGGGACAUUCAGCAGAUGCUCGAGCCUCUGUACAAUCGUUUCUGGGAUCGAUACCACGAGGUUGACAAGGGCAAGGGCAAGCAUGUUAAGUACGACAAGGCUGGAAUAGCCGCCGUUUUCAUGACGCUCUACUAG